AUGGAUCGCUACGAAAUCGUCAGACCUGUCGGUCAAGGUGCAUAUGGGAUUGUACUUCAGGCAAAAAGGAAACAGGAUGGCAGAACGGUAGCCAUAAAGAAAAUGACCGUAACGUCCAGAAACCAGCUUCAGAUAGUGCGAGAACUAUGUGCGCUAAGAAAUCUUCAUCAUCCUAAGGUGCUGAAACUUCUUGACGUCUUUUGUUCUCGCGACUCUUUGUCAUUAGUGACUGAGUUUGUGUCAUUUAAUCUAAGCGAUAUCAUUGCCGACCCUCAGCGACCUCAGGAUGACUGCUUUAUUAGGUUCUUCUUCAGACAAAUUCUGGAAGGCAUCAAGUACAUCCAUUCUGUGGAUAUAAUGCACAGAGUAUGUUCAGACUUCCAUCCUGAUAUUUCAGUUUUUAGUUUUAUUUCUCAUGCAUCCACUUGUGUACUUGAGAUUUUGAAAAAAAUUAGUGUGUUCGAUGGUGAACCUUCAUUCCUCCCAUGGCAAACGCAGUUUGCGAAGUCAUAAUA